AUGGAAUCGAGCAUCGAAUGCAUAUCAACCAUUGAUGAGGAGGUGGAUGAAGAUGACAUCUCAAGCGUCUGCUCAUUUUCUGCGUCUUCAACCCCAAAGCCAUUUCACAGCAAUUAUCAAGCCACGAGGGUUCAUGAGCUUCUCGACUGCUCAGUUUGUGCUAAUUCUAUGUACCCUCCCAUACAUCAGUGUCACAAUGGGCAUACUCUCUGUUCCACUUGUAAAAUUAGGGCCCACAACCGGUGCCCAACUUGCAGACAAGAACUAGGUGACAUAAGAUGCUUGGCUUUGGAGAGAGUGGCCGAGUCACUCGAACUUCCUUGCAAGUACUUCUCCCUCGGAUGCCCCGAGAUUUCCACUUAUUACAGUAAGCUGAGGCACGAGACCCUUUGCAAUUUUAGGCCUUACAGCUGUCCUUAUGCUGGUUCUGAGUGCUCGGUUGUUGGGGACAUUCCGUAUCUCGUCACUCAUUUAAGAGACGACCAUAAAGUGGACAUGCAUUCUGGAUGCACGUUCAAUCACCGUUAUGUUAAAUCGAACCCUCGGGAUGUGGAGAAUGCCACGUGGAUGCUGACCGUAUUCCAUUGUUUUGGACAGCACUUUUGUCUCCAUUUCGAGGCAUUCCAACUCGGGUUGGCCCCAGUUUACAUGGCUUUCCUCCGGUUCAUGGGAAACGAGAUGGAGGCUCGUGACUACAGCUACAGCCUGGAGGUCGGGGGCAAUGGCAGGAAACUUGCGUGGGAAGGCACCCCAAGAAGCAUUAGGGAUAGCCACAGAAAGGUUAGGGAUAGUCAUGAUGGGCUCAUCGUGCAACGCAGCAUGGCCCUCUUUUUCUCGGGCGGGGACAGGAAAGAGCUCAAGCUUCGCGUGACGGGCCGGAUUUGGAAGGAGCAUCAGGGCCCGAAUGGGCCGUGCAUGCCCAUUCUCUUUUAA